GAUCUCAGUGUGCCUGACGGCCCUAAUGCUCACGAUAGCGGCGGAGGAGAAGCCGACGAACACAGUUUCGGUGUCUUCUGGCUCGCCGGUGAUCCAGAGCAACACAAUACAGAAGCUGAUCAAGAUCCUGGAGAAGUACGGUCUGGAAGAGCAGAGGGGCCUGAAGAGAGUCUAUCUGAGCAACAGGUCGAUCACUUGCAACGACGGAUCCCAGGCAGGAUUUUACCUGCGAAAGUCGCACGGUUCGAAGAGGUGGAUCAUUUUCCUGGAAGGUGGCUGGUACUGCUACGAUUACAAGAGCUGCAGGAACAGGUGGUUACGGCUGAGGCAUUUGAUGACAUCGACUCAGUGGCCUGAGACACGCGACGUCGGUGGCCUCUUAUCAGCAAAUCCGGAAGAGAAUCCGUUUUGGUGGAAUGCGAAUCACGUAUUCGUUCCGUAUUGUACGAGCGACAGUUGGAGCGGUACCAGGGCCUCGCCGAACGACAUGUUUUCGUUCAUGGGGGCAGAGAUCGUAUUGCAAGUGGUGCGGGACCUCGUCCCGCUUGGUCUUGAAAACGCUAGCUCCCUUCUUUUGGCAGGCAGCAGCGCGGGUGGAACCGGUGUCAUGUUGAAUUUGGAUCACGUGCACAAUUUGGUUCGCCAUGAAUUAGGUUUGAAGCAUAUCGCCAUACGGGGUGUGUCUGAUUCAGGGUGGUUCCUGGACAGAGCGCCCUAUUCGCCGAAUGGUUUAUCACCCGUCGAUGCGGUUCAGAAGGGGAUGGAGCUUUGGAAAGGUCGGAUGCCGCACAAUUGUGUCGCGAAACACCCGAACGAACCGUGGAGGUGUUACUUUGGAUACAGGCUGUACCCAACUCUCACUGCGCCCCUGUUCGUUUUUCAAUGGCUGUUCGACGAGGCGCAGAUGUCGGCUGACAACGUGGGUGCACCGGUGACGAAGCAGCAGUGGGAUUACAUACAUAAGAUGGGUGACAGCCUGCGGCAGACCUUCGAAAACGUUACCGCGGUCUUUGCUCCGAGCUGCAUUAGUCACAGCGUCCUGACGAAGAGGGAUUGGCAGUUGGUUAAAAUAGACGAAGUUUCCUUGGCACAGGCGUUGCAUUGUUGGGAACAAAUGCCAAUCGGAAAUCACCGUAACGACACUCGUUCGCCAAUUGAAACGAACCAGCCGUGCGCGAAGUCUCUGCGGAAGCUGUUGCGUUCCGGGCUGACGAAGGGAAACGGAACUUCGCUCGAGCUCGGGAGGCCCGGGAAAACUGAUCCCGCUUCGGAGCUGCAGAAAGUCGCGUCCGCGACCAUUACGAAGCCAGAUGAGAGGAAAUCGUCGCCAGCCCCGGCGCAGGAACGGGAGAACAAAAAAAGGAAGAGGCGGAAACACAAAGGGAGGCGACGGGACAGGAACAAGGAGCCGAGGACGAAGAAGGAGAGGCACGAGCGGAGAAAGGCUGCAGGUACGAACAACGACAACAACCACACGGGCAUGUUCAACGGCACCAGGCCUCAGCGCUCGGUGAUACCAUCUGGCAAACGGAAGUGCGUCCAGGGCUGCCACUUCCGGUUAAUCGAACGUUGCACUUGGCCGCAGUGUAAUCACAGCUGCCCGAAGCUCCAUAACCCGUUCACCGGCGAGGAGAUGGACUUCAUCGAGUUGCUGAAGAGCUUCGGGCUGGACAUGAAGAGCGUGGCGAAUGCUCUCGGCAUCGACAUACAAACGCUGAACAGCAUGGACCACGAUGAACUGCUGAAUCUUCUGACGCAACGAGCUAAUUAACGCACAGAAGAUCCAAGGCGGCGAUGGAAGUAAAGCGUGGCACACGUUUUCCAACACUCGAAACGCUCAGGACUCGAAUCGUGCACGAGAUCCGCGCAUGUGUUCGUUCGUCGUACAGUCGUCGUCCUCCUUCGAUUAGAAAUGAACUUUCAUGAUCUCGAAGGAAAUCCGGGUGAAAAUAAAGAAUGAAACGAUGGGCUAGCGUUUCCGUUAC